GUUUCCACUUCCGCCGCCAUUUCCGCUUCCGGCAGUGGUAACCGCGAUGUCGGCGCUGGCAGCGAAUCCCAACAACCCCGUGGUUUUCUUCGAUGUAACCAUCGGCGGGCAGGAGGUCGGCCGCAUGAAGAUCGAGCUGUUUGCAGAUGUUGUACCCAAAACAGCAGAGAACUUCAGGCAGUUUUGUACAGGUGAAUUCAGGAAAGAUGGUGUCCCUAUAGGUUAUAAAGGAAGCACUUUCCACAGGGUAAUAAAGGAUUUCAUGAUCCAAGGAGGUGACUUCGUAAAUGGAGAUGGCACUGGAGUAGCCAGUAUAUAUAGAGGUCCUUUUGCAGAUGAAAACUUCAAGCUGAAACACUCUGCUCCUGGGCUGCUUUCUAUGGCAAACAGUGGUCCGAGUACCAACGGCUGCCAGUUCUUCAUUACGUGCUCCAAGUGUGACUGGUUGGAUGGGAAACAUGUUGUGUUCGGUAAAAUUGUCGAUGGGCUGUUGGUCAUGAGAAAAAUUGAAAACGUGCCAACAGGUCCCAAUAACAAACCCAAGUUGCCAGUUGUGAUCUCUCAGUGUGGGGAAAUGUGAAGCAAUGAAAAAGCAAUGUGUGUUCCUUUACUGGUGAUUAGACCUGUGCUGGCUCUAUGCAAUUCGAAUUCCAGCCAGCUUAUCUACUGCCCCAGACUUCUCCACAGGCCAGAUCCAUCCUCUUGAGGUUCUCCUGAAAUUAUUUAAUAAUGGGCAUCUUUUUUUUUUCUUUUCUUUUUUUUUCAUUUUGAAAUGUAAAUAAAGAAUUUUGUAAACA